AUGGCGCGGAAGUAUGUCAUCGGCCCCGGCUACGCCGAGCAGGAUCCCCUAGACUGGUGGACAUGCACGGCCGAGGCGGUCAAGCAGGCAGUGCAAAAGGCUGGCUUGAGUUCCGACGACAUCGCUGGCCUCGGCCUUGACACCACAUCCUGCACGGUGGUGGUGCUAGAUGCCACGCAACGCCCUCUGCAGCCGGCGAUCCUGUGGAUGGACAUGCGCGCGGCGAAGCAGGCGCAGGAAGUUCUCGCGACGCACGACGACGCCCUGCGAGUGAACAACGGCGGAGCCGGCCCAGUAAGCGCUGAAUGGAUGAUCCCGAAGUCACUCUGGAUCAAGCAGAACCGUCCAGAGGUGUAUGAGGCGGCCGCGAUGAUUUGCGAGUACCAGGACUACAUCAACAUGCGGCUGACGGGUCGGUACUGCGCCAGCGUGAACAACGUCAGCAUACGCUGGCACUACUCUGAGGAGCGCGAGGACAAAUGGCCCGUGACGCUGCUCGCUGCUCUCGGCAUGAGCGACCUGCUGGACAAGUGGCCAAAAGAGGUCCUGCGCCUCGGCGAAGUCGUCGGCGGCCUCACUGCGGAGGCCGCGGCCGCGCUUGGCCUGCCCGAGGGGUUGCCCGUCGCACAGGGCGGCGCGGACGCGUUCAUCGGCACCGUCGGGCUCAACACGCUCGCCGAAGGACAAAUGUGUCUGCUCACAGGAUCGUCACACCUUCACCUGGGCUCCACUGCGCGAGAUCUUCACGGGCCGGGGGCGUGGGGCACAUACAGGCAGGCUGUCAUCCCGGGCAUCAACGUGAUUGAAGGAGGCCAGACGUCCACCGGGAGUAUCCUGUCCUGGUUCCGGCGCAACUUCGCGCCACACGUGUCGUACCGCGAGCUGGACGCCGAGGCUGCUGCGGUGGACCCCGGCAGUGAGGGACUGCUCACGCUCGAGCACUGGCAAGGCAACCGGACUCCGCACACCGACCCACUGUCGAAAGGAGCCAUCGUUGGCCUCACGCUCAAGCACGGGCGUGCGCACAUGUUCCGCUCCCUAAUGGAAGGUGUGGCCAUGGGCACGCGGUUGGUUCUCGACUCGAUGUCGGCGAUCGGCUACCGCCCGAACAGCAUCACGGUUGCGGGCGGUGCGGCGCGUUCCGACCUAUGGCUGCAGAUCCACGCGGACGUCACGGGCUUACCUCUCAAGCUGCCGCGCGUGUCUGACGCCUGCGCGCUCGGCAGCGCGGUGCUGGCGGCCGUCGGGGCCGGGCUGUUCGACAGUGUGCUGGAGGCCGCGAACGCAAUGGUGCACGUCGAGAGAUCAAUCUUGCCGGACAAGGGGAAGCACGAGAUGUACGAUCGCAUUUACAGGACUUACUGCGGGUGCUACCCCGCCGUGAAGGACGUCGCACAUGCGGCGCACGCCUACGCCGCGGACGUGCGCGGGCGCGUUCCGCGGUCUCUGCGGCCGGCCGAGGGGAGCAGUAGCAACAACAGCGUCAAAGUCUCGGCCAGUAUUCUGUGCGCAGACCAGUCCCGUCUCGCAGACGAGACUGCCCGCGCGCUGCGUUCUGGCGUCGACUCAAUCCACCUGGAUGUCUGCGACGGAGCGUACUGCGAGGCGCUCACGUUCGGCCCCGGCGUGCUGGCUGCCCUGCGCCGGCAUCACCCUGACGCAUUCUUCGACGUCCACCUCGCUGUGCGCGACCCCUGGCGCCUUGCACAGCUCAUGGCGGACGCGGGAGCAUCGCAGGUGAUGGUCAUGGCCGAGCAGGUCGUUGGAAGCAAACGGGCAGCUGGCGAGCUGGCGGCGCUCCAGCGGCGGGGUGUGCGCAGUGGGAUCGCUGUCCGGCCAGACGACGAGGGCUUCGAUGCGGCGGUCGCGGCCGUCGCGGCGUUGGGGCUCGACACCCUCAACGUGAUGGCCGUCCAGCCAGGCUUCGGCGCGCAGGCCUUCCAGGACGUUGCCUUGGAGCGCGUUCGCGUUGCGCGGGAGCGACUGGGGGGCGGCGCCGACAUUCAGGUGGACGGUGGCGUGAAGCCGGGCACGACCGCGCCGCGGUGCGUGGAGGCAGGGGCAAACGUGUUGGUGGUCGGGUCAGCCUUGUUCGGGGCGGAGGAUGUCGUGGGCGUGGUGGGCGCGCUCAAGGGUGUUGCGUGA